AUGUCCGAGUUUAUUGGCCAGGAGAUCACACGCAUUCGCCAACUCGUCGGACCAACCGGACAGGUACUUGGUACCGUGUCGGGCGGCGUGGAUUCUACAGUUGCUGCUAAGCUGAUGACCGAAGCUAUCGGUGACCGUUCCCAUGCUGUGCUAGUCGAUAACGGCUGUAUGCGUCUAAAUGAAUGCGAAAUUGUCAAAGAUGUGCUGCAGAAGCAGCUUGGUAUCAAUCUUACCGUUGUCGAUGCCAGCGAGGAGUUUUUAAACGGGUUGAAGGGCGAGCACGAUCCCGAGAAGAAGCGCAAUGGAAAGUUCAUCGACGUCUUCGAGGAGGAGGCCCGCAAUAUCGAGGCUAAGAGUGCCGGAAACGUCGAGUGGUUCUUACAGGGCACUCUCUACCCAGACGUUAUUGAGAGUAUCUCAUUCAAGGGUCCUUCGCAGACUAUCAAGACUCACCACAACGUGGGUGGUAUCGCCGAGCGUCUUAUGGCCGGCCACGGCCUGGAGCUAAUCGAGCCUCUCCGCGAGCUCUUUAAUAUUGAGUUCCGCGAGCUAGGCCGCCAGCUCAAGAUCUCCGAGGAGCUUUUUGGCCGUCACCCCUUCCCUGGCGAAGUUACUAAGGAGAAGGUCGAUAUGGCCCGGAAGGCCGACCACAUCUUCAUUGGUAUGAUCCGCGAAGCCGGUCUGUACGACGACAUCGGCCAGGCGUACGCCGCGCUAGACCCCUCGCGCGCCGUUGGUGUUAUGGGCGAUAAGCUUGUGUACGCUAAUAUUAUCCUCCUCCGCACCAUCUCCACGAAGGACUUUAUUACCGCCACUCCCUACCCCUUCGCCUACGACUUCCUGACCAAGGUCCCUACCCGCAUCGUCAACGAAGUCGAGGAUGUGUGCCGUGUCGCAUACGACUUCACUAGCAACCCCCUCCCCCGGCGGUAUUGA